GAAGCUAGAUUCCUAAAUUGUAGUUUUUUUUCUGCAAGAGAAACAGAUCCUAGGCCUUUUGUUUGUGCUUAAUGUGCUGGAAUGAUAAGGGUCUGUCUCCAACUCUCUAAAGAAAAUUGACUCUAGUAUAUUGUCCCCCAAACUUCUGAAAGGCCACCCUGGAAUCUCCUGCCUUCACUUUACCAGCCCUUCACUUGGGAUAGUGUUUCUUCUACUCAAUGUUUUUUAGGGAUGAAGUAUCUUCUGCUUCUGUCUCUCCUCAUAUGCCUUUUAUUUAGUGUUGGGGGAAAGAUCUUUGGACGCUGUGAAUUGGCCCGAGUGUUGAAGAAAGCUGGCUUGGAGGGAUAUCGUGGAUAUAGUCUGGCUGAUUGGGUCUGCUUAGCCUUCUAUGAGAGCCACUUUGACUCGGCGCUUGUGGACCAUGAAGCUGAUGGCAGCACCAGUAAUGGCAUCUUUCAGAUUAACAGUCACAUUUGGUGUGAAGAUUACAAACACGGGAAACCAAACAUCUGCCAAAUGCAUUGCAGUGGUGAGCUCUCAAAUCUGCUGACAAGCAAUAUCAAUGAUGAUAUCGUCUGUGCCAUGCGGAUUGCACAAGGACCCAGAGGCCUGGGAUCUUGGAUGGGUUGGAGAGAAAAUUGUGAAGGUCUACAGUUGUCUGUCUGGUUGAAAGGAUGCAAGGUAUGAGGAGAGAAACCAAAGAGAAAAAAGAAUGUACUGAAGGCCAUGAAAAUGAUUUAAGAGCCCUGGGACUAUUGCCUUCCUGAAGCUAAGCAACCCUACUGGAUAUAUUUUUAAAGAACUCUGGAUUGUCCCUUACCAGAAGAGCAAUUGUAACUUGGACUCUUGAGAAACAGAUCUUGUGGUAUAAAAAAGCUUAUUCAAGCAAUAUGAUUGAAAUGACAUCUAUUAAAAACUCAUGUAUGCAA